AUGUCCAGGCCAGACAUUGCAUUCUUAGUGAAAACUCUCAGCCAGUUCAUGCAGCAGCCUAAAAGGUCUCAUUGGGAUGCAGCUAUAAGAGUGGUGAAGUAUAUUAAAAGGGAACCAGGUCUGGGAAUCUUGUUGAGAAGUCAAAACUCAAGUGAGAUCAGUGUCUUUUGUGAUGCUGACUGGGCCUCAUGUCCUAACACAAGAAAGUCAGUGUCAGGAUAUCUAGUCAAAUUUGGAGAAUCUCCAAUCUCGUGGAAAUCAAAGAAGCAGAAUACAGUUUCUAAGAGUUCAGCAGAAGCUGAAUAUAGAAACAUGGCAAGUGGAGUUUCAGAGGUAGUAUGGUUGACAGCAUUGCUGAGGGAGUUAGGAGCAAAAGUGAAAUUUCCAGUACACAUAUAUAGUGACAGCAGGGCUGCAAUGGAAAUAUCAGCAAAUCCU